AUGUACAAAGCGUCGAGUGCAAGCGACAAAGUGAAACAACAACCGUUGGUGGCACCAUUUAAGGCCACCAAUGAGUCCAGUACUGCCACCAUGGAUCUCAAAAAUCAUUUGGAUGUAAAGACACUACUGGAAGAUAUGAGCGUUAACAUGUCGUUGCCAAUAUGGAUGACGGAUGCGAGUCAAGAGGCGAUGAAGCAGACCGAGAAUGAAGCUAAGUACAGCUCACACGAGCAAGUGUACGUGAAGUUCUUGCGUGACACGAUCCCCAGGUUCAUUGUGAAGCCCAAUUACGUCGCUACCAGUGAAAUGAUCGCAAAUUUGCUGUCCAAGAGUAUGCCAGCCUCGAGAGGCGCGGAGAUCUAA